AAAGGAACAGAUGAACCCGUUGAUUCCGACGUAGAGAAUCAAGAAGUGUCGGAAACAGCGAUCGGGAAGGUGAGGGAGAAUGUGAGUGUAGCUUCUGAAGAGGAAAGAGAUGAAGUAGCAGAAAGCAUGGCUCCAAGCCUCAAGUCAGACAUCUCGGCAGCAAAAGCUGCUGAAAAUGCGUCAGGGAUCAUGUUCUCAGCAAGCAAUGACACGCAACAAGGGAGCGAUCUUCUUUCGAAUGCUACAAAGUCAGACAUCCAAGAUUUUAGCAAGACGCAGUGUGAAAUAAGCUCCAAGAUAUCUGACAAAACCCAUAAGGCUAGCUCGAAACGUCUCGCACACUACAACCCUUUGAGACCGGAGCAUCACUGCUUCGCUUCGAUGCCUGAUGACAGGAAGUCGGUCACGAGGAGGCUGCACAGUGAGAUCGUUGAGUUGCUGAACCAAGUGUACCCCACCAACUCUACGAGGACGCGGCGUCAGAGGAUCGUUGACCUCGUUGACGAAGCUGUGAAAUCGUGCUGGGAGGGAGCGCAUGUGGAGGUGUAUGGCUCCUUCUCGACUGAUCUCUACCUACCUCACAGUGAUGUGGACGUGCUCGUCAUUGGAGCAAAAGAAUGGUCGAUCGAAUCGAAGAUGAAGCACCUGGCUUCACGUUUGAAAUCCAUGCCAUGGUGUAGGUACAUGAGGUCUAUCGAGAACACUUCAGUCCCAGUGAUCAAAUUGUCGGCCGACGUGUCCAAGAUCUCCUUGAACGAGGGACGAGCAGGGGACUUUGUGAGGAAGGAGCUUGCGAGGUACGAGAUCAUCAAACCACUUGGAUUCAUCUUCAAGUACUUCCUGUACAAGUUGGGGCUCAACGAUGCGUACACUGGAGGGCUGAGCUCGCACUCUGCCAUUCUUCUCCUCAUCUUCUACUUCAACCUCGAGGAAGUUUCCAAGGCCUACACUGAGUCGAAAAUCCCGGGAAGCUCUCAAGAGAUCCCUGCGGACUGCAAGUACGGCGAGUGGCUCCUCCGCUUCUUCCAGUGGGUUGCAGAGUUUCCGUACAAGCACGUCGGAAUCAGCUUCGGCAUUGGAGAUCAUGGAGUGACCCCUUAUUUCAUUUCCGUCUCCAACUUCGGGCAGGGGCUGAUCAAGCUCAGGCAGUACGAUCCGUCCUUACCCGAGGAUCCUGACGACAGCAAGGGGACUUUCGAUAGGCUCUUCAUCGGUGACCCCACUGACGUCUCGAUCAAUGUUGCCAACUCUUCCUUCCAGUGGUUCCUCGUUCAGUUGUCCAUCCAGGGCGCCUUCAAGGUUCUAUCCGACCACCAGGAUACAGCUCCUCACCUGCGGAUCUAUGGGGGGGUCUCAGAGUCGCCUUCUCCCUUGCAGAACAUCUUCGACCCGGCAGUGGUACAGGCUGCUGGCAAGUUGAGGAUGGCGGCCAAGAAUGCACCCAGAUGAUGAUGCGCCUAGCUCGAGCCCACGACGUGUAACUCAACUUACUGUACAGCUUGUGCUUGCCUCUCAUGACUUGUUGUUUUCAUAUCUAGUAGACACUAACGUUUGAGAUGUGUAGAAUAAAAUGCAAAGCGUG